GGCUCAGAGAGCUGGGAAGUGGUGGAGGAGCCAAGGGCACGGGGCAGCCCAGGGCAGGAGCCACGACGGCACGAGGGGUACCUGCUCAAGAAGAGGAAAUGGCCCCUGAAGGGCUGGCACAAGAGGUACUUUGUGCUGGAAAAUGGGAUCCUGAAAUAUGCCACCACGCGCCAGGACGUCCUCAAGGGGAAGCUGCACGGGGCUAUCGAUGUCCGUCAGUCCGUCAUGUCUGUCAACAAGAAGGCACAGAGGGUUGACCUGGACACAGAGGAGAACAUUUACCACCUCAAGAUCAAGUCUCCAGAGCUCUUCUCCAGCUGGGUGAGCAACCUCUGCACCCACCACCACGGCGAGAGGUCUGAGCCCUGUCCCGGGGGGAGAACCAACACACAGGGCCAGUGGACACGGAUCCUGCCCUCGGGCAGUGCCCCUGCCCUGUCCACUCUGGCCAGCUCCCGGGACAAG